AUGACCACGGGCGGUAAUGACAGGACAGCAACAGUGGCCGACUACCUCUUCGUCAGCAGCUGGGCCAAUGGCACCUCCUCGCUGACCUCAUCUGUCCGUCCCGCCCAGCUCACUCGCUCCACCACGCCCUCGUCCUCUCCCACCCAAGCCAGCAAGCUCCGGAAUGCCCUGCCCCUGCCCUACCGCCUCGUCAAGUCCAAGUCCUUCGCCCAACUGCGCGGGGGAGACGUAGACGCGGAGAAGGAGGGCAUGGCAGCAGCAACGGUAGCGUCGCCCGUCAGCGCCAUUCGCGACGAUCACGUCAUGGAUACCCGGACUCCCUCCCCCGUGCAGCACUCCCCAGGCGGCAGAGACAGCGAGGACACUGCGCCGAAGCAAAGCACGGAUGGAGCAUAUCAACCAGACCUCAGCCAAGAGGUGGCCAUGCUGAGCACGAAGUUGGUCAAUGCGAUCAACUACCAGACGAACCUGGACGACACAUUGCAAGCCACACGGCAUGACCUCGAUAGAUCCCAGCAAGAGUUGGCGAAAGUGAGGGCAGAGAAGCAGAGCCUGGACGAUGCCAUUGCGCAAGGCGUAUUGGUCAGGAAAAGCGCUGUGGAUAAGACCAUCGCAGAACUACGCGCGGAACUGGCCAAAGAGAAAGCCAGCAGGGAGAGCGCGGAGCGUGCGAAGAGAGAGACGGACAGCGAACUUGAGAACUUGACGGCCAAUCUGUUCGAAGAGGCGAACAAAAUGGUGGCCGCCGCCAGAAGGGACACCGACGCAGCCGAGAAGCGCAACUCGCAGCUCAAGAACCAGAUCAAAGAUACGGAAGUUCUUCUGGCUUCGCAGCAGGAGCAGCUACAAGACCUCAAAUUGAACAUGGAGCGACAGUCUGAGCGAUCAGAUUUGGCGGCUGCAAGAGACAGCAGUAUGCCUUCUACACCCAUCAACUCCGCCACGGCUGUUUUCGACGCAAUGUAUGCUUCUUCAGGUGUGGCCAGCCAAACAGCAGACGCUCUUCCUAACCAGCCUCUGCACUUCGGUCAACUUGUCCAACCGGUGCUACGAAACGAUGUCUCGGCCUACAAUGACUUUGCCGAGCUCCUUGGGUGGGCGCGCUGGACGCGGAACAACAACCUCCCUCACUCACGUAACGCAAGCGGCAAUCAGUCAACAUCGGCAAGCCACACUAACCUGAGCAUGACCUCCGCAUCCGCCGCCUCCGUAUCUUCCCCCAAUCUUCCGGGGGCCUUCUCCUUUGGAACCUCCAACAGCGCCAACAGCAGCCCUUCAUCUUCUAGCGCUGCGACCUUCACACCUCCACUCAAAGACAGCAAGUUCUAUAAGCGGAGUCUCCUUGAGGACAUCGAGCCUACUCUCCGCCUCGACCUUGCGCCGGGUCUCUCUUUUCUUAGCCGCCGGACGGUCAACUCUGCUCUCCUCAACGGCACCCUGACCAUUGAACCAUUUACACCACCCACGAAAUUCUACUCGCCCAUCUUUGCUUGCUCGCUAUGUGGCGAAAGUCGAAAGGCCGAACCCUACAUUCGUCGCCACCGCUUCCGGACGAGCGAAAGCGACGAUGCCUCUCGCUACCCACUUUGCGCUUACUGCUUGGAGCGGGUACGGUCCAGCGCGGACUUCGUGGGCUUCUUGCGAAUGGUGAGAGAUGGGCAUUGGCGGUGCGCGAGCGAAGAAGAAUCCGAGAAGGUGUGGGAGGAGGGGGUAAGGCUGAGGGAGAGAAUGUUCUGGGCUCGAGUUGGGGGUGGAGUGGUACCGGCUGGAGCCCACGGACUGAGGAGGGAAGUUGAAGCAGAGACUUCGAAGAAGGUGGUGGAAGGGAACAGUGCAGCCACAGACAUCGAUCGAGCGAGCGAUGGCGAGGUGGUGGAUGAAGGAGUGACUGGCGGAACGGAAAGCGUGGACGACACCGCUUUAUCGGGUGUUCCCGUGGUGGAGGAUGACGCAGCUGAGGGUGGUAUUGGACGCGCCAUCAUCAACAUGGCCUCCCGUGCCGCAUCCAGCGCAGUGCCGGAGCUGGAGCCACGUCCGAGCGGCCAUCGAAGCUCAAGCGCUUCAUCGGUGGGAGGAGUCCAGCGCGAGAGUGAUGCAACGCAGACGGUCGCAACCCCACCGGCACAUGAAGCUACUCAAGCGCCCGGCGGCCAGCAGAACCAGGAAGAAGCUGAGGCACAGCUCCAGCGCGAAGCAAGCGCGGCUACGGAGAACGAAGUCAUGGCCACGCCGCCUGAGAUGCCGCAGCAAGAACCGUUCGUCACCAGUAGUGAGGCCUCCGGCCCUGCUUCGUUGCCUGCUGCAGCCACAACAUCAUCACCACCAGAAGCCCGGCCAGAGGACCCCAACACUGAAGCAGCCGCACCCAGCACCGCCCCUCACGCACCGGACCCGGACGAAGCAGCCGCAGCCGCAGCCUCUCAUGCAUCCGAGCGACCGCGUACGCCAAGUCCGCAGAAGCGGGGCAGGGGUAGUGAGACGUUACAGGCGCGGCCGGCGCAGGAGGAGCGGAGGCCAUCGAGCUCGACCUCGAGCGUGCUGGCCAGGGUUAGAGCUAUGGAGGGGAAGGGCAAGUGA